AUGGCAACCAAGGGCAGAGUCCUGAUCAUCGGAGCAACUGGUUUCAUGGGCAAGUUAAUGGCAGAGGCCAGCCUCGCCGCGGCACACCCAACCUAUUUGCUCGUCCGCCAACCUCUCAUCCCUUCCAAGGCCACCAUUGUUAAAACCUUCCAAGACAAAGGUGCCAUGGUCAUUCAGGGUGUCAUAAAUGAUAAAGAGUUCAUGCAGAAGAUUUUGAAAGAGUACCAAAUAGACAUCGUCAUUUCUACUGUCGGCGGGGCUCACGGUUUGCUGGAUCAGCUUACACUGGUGGAGGCCAUGAAAUCUGUCAACACUAUAAAAAGGUUUUUGCCUUCAGAAUUUGGGCACGAUGUGGACAGGGCAGAUCCUGUGGAGCCAGGUCUAGCAAUGUACAAAGAGAAACGUUUGGUUAGGCGUGUGAUUGAGGAAUCUGGAAUCCCAUACACCUACAUCUGUUGCAAUUCAAUUGCUUCUUGGCCCUACUAUAACAAUUGUCAUCCAUCACAGCUUCCUCCACCCUUGGAUCAGAUGCACAUAUAUGGUGAUGGCACUGUCAAAGCUUACUUUGUUGAUGGCUUUGAUAUUGGGAAAUUCACAAUGAAGCUUGUUGAUGAUGCCAGAGCACUAAACAAAGUUGUUCAUUUUCGACCGUCCAGCAACUAUUAUAGCAUGAAUGAGCUUGCUUCUUUAUGGGAAAACAAAGUUGGUCGAAAAAUCCCCAGAGUCACCAUCUCAGAAGAUGAUCUUCUAGCACUAGCUGCAGAGAAAUGUAUACCAGAGAGCAUUGUAGCAUCUAUCACACAUGAUAUCUUCAUCAAAGGUUGUCAAGUGAACUACAACAUAGAUGGUGUUCAUGACAUUGAGAUAGGGACUCUCUAUCCUGAUGAAACAUUCAGGAGCUUAGAGGAUUGUUUUGAGGAUUUUGUUACCAUGAUCGUUGAAAAGAUACAUAAAGGGGAAAAUGAAGUCUAUGGCACAAAGUCUUUAGUGGAAGCAGUGCCAAUCACAGCUUCCUGUUGAAAAGAAUCACCUCAAGAAUGCCCUUUAAUUUACUCGUUGAUAAUUAUUAGAAUUUUUAAAGAUAUGGACCACCAUGUUGAUGCUAAAUUUCAGUAUUUCACCUAUCUAUAAACCAUGUUGUCUAGGUAUUUAUAACAUA